CUUUGGAGCACCCAUGAACAUCCGACCUGUAUAAACAUUGUCAACGCGCAAAGGAGCGACUGCGCGGUUAUUAGGCGCACAGAAGUUGUAGUUGUGCAUCUCAUAUGUAGCAAUUGUGGCCAUGGCCACUUCGCAGCGAACCACGGACGCCUUGUUGGGUGAGUGGAAAGUUCACUUCGUUCCCCAUCUAUCUCGCCGUCUGUCUCCUUUAUUCUCAGUCUGAACAACUCUGCCUCUGCAAGUGCAAAUCAUCAAAAGUACAAUUGCCUGCCAUCUGAGUAUUCUUUCCAUCAAGUUCUUUCAUAAAUACAACAAGUAAAUCAUGGAAAGGACACCAAGCAUGUCAAUCGAUCGACGCAGUCGCAGUCGCUCAGCGUCGGCCGACCAAACUGCAAAUGAAGCCUCCCAAGCUGCCAUUACACACGAUGGCGAUGUCACUCACGUGUCACCCCUUUCUCCUCCAGCGUCUCUUCCUCCAUCUGUCGAUGCACGCACGGGACCAAGUACUAACGAGCUUAUGGAACGCGAGCAAGGAAUCGUCGAUGCCAUGCUUCUCAGAUUCAAGAACAUCAUUGAGCUUGCUACCACGAACAAGGGAGAUGUGACUGCGGAAGUUGCUGCUGCCCAAGCUUUCCAGACGAAUGUCGAGACGCAGGCUUUGAUCCGCGCCGCUCAAGACCUCCUCUCACUUACGCGGGAGAUGAAGGAGUUGUGGCUUUUCGGCCCCUUGAGAGGACUGGGUGAAGGAGAGGAGGGUGGUUCGAUUGAUGACAAUUCCAAGAGAGUCGUCGAGAUGGUUGAAGCAAUGAUUCAAGAGCGCACAGGAAGAGAAAUGUAGACACGAUGAUUUACGAGCGUACGAGAAUAGAGGCAUAGGGAGAGAUGCAAAUGAUAACCCAUUUCAUAUUU